GGAGCUGCGCGCGGCCGCCGCGUCUCUUCGCCUCAGGGAUGGAGUCGCUCCGCGUCCAGCGGCUGCAGCCGGGCGUCGGCGGCGGGACCCUGCGCUCGCUGCGGCCCGGCGUGACGGCGGGGGCGCUGCUCCCCUCGGCCGCCUCGGCGCCGCCCCUCCCGCCGCCCCCGCCGCCGCUCGGGCUGACGCUCACGCUGGGGCCGCCGCCGCCCCCGCCCUCCCUCCUGCCCGGGGUGACGGCCGGGGCCGCCGCCUCGAGCCCCCCGGGAGGAGGAGGAGCCGCCGCGGGGCCGCCCGCCGUCCUGAGGGAGGCCGUCGAGGCCGUGGUCCGGAGCUUCGCCAAGCACACGCAGGGAUACGGCCGCGUCAAUGUUGUUGAAGCGCUUCAGGAAUUCUGGCAGAUGAAGCAAUCACGUGGUGCUGAUCUGAAAAAUGGCGCUCUGGUGGUUUACGAGAUGGUUCCAUCCAACAGUCCUCCUUACAUUUGCUAUGUUACAUUGCCAGGAGGGAGCUGUUUUGGCAGUUUUCAGUUUUGUCCAACGAAGGCUGAAGCCAGGAGAAGUGCUGCAAAAAUUGCACUGAUGAACUCAGUCUUCAAUGAACAUCCAUCCCGUAGAAUCACAGACGAAUUUAUUGAGAAAAGUGUUAUUGAGGCUUUGGCAUCUUUCAACGGCAACAGAGAGGAAGCAGAUAGCCCAAGUACAGGUAUUGGUGCUUUCCGCUUCAUGUUGGAGUCCAACAAAGGGAAGUCCAUGUUAGAGUUCCAGGAGCUAAUGACAGUUUUCCAGCUGCUACACUGGACUGGUAGCCUUAAAGCCAUGCGGGAGAGGCAGUGUUCACGACAGGAAGUGCUGGCACACUAUUCCCAUCGUGCUCUGGACGAUGACAUACGGAACCAGAUGGCAACGGACUGGGUCAACCGGGAGCAGAACAUCCCAGGGGCCCUUUCCAGGGAGCUGGCCUCGACAGAGCGUGAACUGGACGAAGCUCGGCUAGCUGGAAAGGAGCUGAGAUUUCACAAGGAGAAGAAAGACAUCUUGAUGUUGGCUGCUGGCCAGCUGGGGAACAUGCAUUCUUCCAACUGCUAGGACCCCACGUAGCCCUUUCUCUCUCCUUUCACGCCUCUCUCUUCCUGCAGUAGUUUGCUGAAGAGGUCGAAAGGAAUGUUACAGAUAUGAAGAAGCCCAGUAUUCAACCAGAUUUUUCCCUAAUUUUAUGGUGCAAUGUUGAUGUUUGCGUUUAGGAGACUUUAGUGCAGAAUUUGAUCCUAAUCUUGAUUGCCUUAAUUUUUUAGUUCGAAGUGUAAGGUAUCCUCCAAUUAGAGAAGGAAACCUGAAUUAACAUUUUGGGGGGGGAAAACAUUGAGUUUGUUCAGAACUUGGCUUCAAUUCUAAUCACCUGAACUGUGUCAUUAAACAGCCUCCGAUGCUUCAUUUUCCAA